AUGGGGAGGAGUGCACAGCAGUUCAUCUUGCUAACCUUCGCGUGUGCAUUUUCCUCCUGCUUUGCCGAAGUGGCCCUGGGGGUUGAACUGUCUCCAGAAACCACAUCCUUCCACCAUACAGCUACUUCUGCUCAGCCACUUUCCCUUUAUCAUUCUUCACCCCAUCAAGGCACCACAGUUCCUUCUAACAGCACAGGCUCUCUUAAAACAACACCCACAAGCCAUAGAACGACCGUGCAGACAACAGACCAGCGUCAGGUAACAACAGCACCAGGCCAGCACACAGCAGCACAGGCAGGAGCAGCCACCACACAAGUGGCUGGCCAGACACCUCCCACGGUGGUACCCACAACAGCAGCAGACAGCACAACUGCAACCCGUCAGGCUACAACCCAGGCAAUGGAAACGGUUACACCUGCAGUGAAGAACACAACCCUAAAUCCUAUGUCCUCAACCAAGAAAGCCACAACACAUGUAAGCACAGAAAUGACAGCAGCAGCCACAAACACAACCAUAAAUCAUACGACACCAAGCACACAAAUGACAGCUACUGCCAUAACCACUACAGCCACCACCAUGCAAACUGUAAAGCCCAGCACAGGGUGGGGAAAUCAAACAACACCGCCUAAAAGUCCAACAACCACAGCCAUGAUCAACACAACAACCAUUCAUCCAGGGACUCCAACAACCAUCCCAUCUACCACGAUGACAGUGAGGCCCACUCCUGCCCCGCGGCCGUCUCCCAUCCCCACUGGCAUAUACACCGUUUCCAAUGGGAACAGGACCUGCAUCAAAGCGGUCAUGGGCUUGCAGCUGAUGGCUCAGAAUACACAGAAGAAGCAGAUGGAGUACAUGGCUGUCAACCCCAAUGCGACGGAGACAUCUGGAAGCUGUGGGACGGUGCAGUCUGAGCUGAACAUAACUUUCAGUGGAGGGUUUAUAAACUUCACCUUUGUUAAGCAAGCUCCAACGUACUAUGUCAGCAAAAUUGAGGCUAGAUUACAGUUAUCUUCUGAAGGCAUGCUUUACUAUGCAGCCAUAGAUAAGAAGCUGUUUACAACAAAGCUGGGGAAUUCCUUUAAGUGUGCCAGCAAGCAAACCUUUGGCUUGGAGAAGAACUUCCAGCUACUCUUUGUUAAUACACAGCUGCAGGCAUUUGAUAUUGUCGGUAACCAGUUUGGAAAAGAAGAAGAAUGUUUUCUUGAUAAAAACGGCAAAGUAGCUCCCAUCGCGGUGGGCCUGAGUAUCCUGGGAUUGUUUGUCAUUGUGUUUGUCACAUUCCUGAUUUCCAGAAGAAAGCCGCAUAGAGGAUACCAACGUAUCUGA